AUGGCCCUGCCGCUCCGGAGAAAGGGAAUAGAGAAGUCCACCGAACCAACUCGUAAACCCCGCAAACGACGUCAUGCACAUGAGGCCAAAAUUGGUGGACGACAUCUGGAGGAGAUCAAGGGUACACAGCGAACAGAUGAAACCACGAAAGAUACGAAGGAUGAGCUUGAAUGUCGUUCUAUGAAUAGGAGCAUAACCGGCAGAUCAAAUUCUUGGAAUGUCUUCGUUUUUCACUUUGCACGGCUUGACUACUAUGAAUGGGUCAAGAUGGGAGUGGUAUGGGUCCAUUUCGAAAACUUGCCUGGAAAGGCCGUUAAGGUCCUUUUCCACUUUCUGAGAAAAAAGAAGCUGAUGGAUUCUGAGCCUGGAGCCGCGGAUGAAGAGACAAGGAGGCAAAUCCGGAAACGCAACGCGGAGACAAAGAGAUAUAUGAUGCAAUUGAAGGAGAAAGUGAAGAGUGGACAGGUUGACAGUGGAAGUCGGUAG